AUGCUGCGAUUUAGCCUAUUGCGUAGGGCCACCAGAGUCCCCGACGCUCUGGUGAUGUUCGGCACGCACGCCGAGCGUCUGCCCUUCGUAUCGCACCCCGGCGUCAUGGCCGUCGCACAGCUGCUGGAAAUGAAGUCGCUGGUCGAGCAUCGCGCCCACUUUACCCAGGACGACGUCAACAGGAUGUACGAGUUCGACUCGUCGCUAGCAGAAAAGGCGCAAGUUGCCGUCGACCACGACCUUCCGAUUUCGCACUACAACCUGGAAUACCUGGACAAGCCUGGCUUCCUGGAGCGCCUGAUCGAGGAGAAGCAGCUGAACGAAUCCAUAGCGUCCGAGGUGCUGAAUGCGCCUGAGGGCUCCUACGAGCAGCCAGCAUCGAUGGCAAAGUACAGUGCGCCCGAGAUCCCGCUGGAAUGGCGUCAGCACGAAUUGGCUCUGACCCAUGCGAUGGUCGACGUGCAACCGUCCAUCCUGCGCGAAAUGGAGACCCAGAAAAAAAUGCGCGAGUUUAUGGAACGCCACAAGAAGAAUUGA